UUGACAGGCACGUCUAUUUGGGUUUGAAAACUUUGAAAAGAAGCUUUAUUUAUGGUAUUUCUUAUUCAGUUUUAUUUAUUCCAUUUAUUAUAUUUAUGUUACAUUAAGGAAAACAAGCUUUAUACUUUGAUUAGCUUAAAACAGUAAACGAUGUACAUUUCUUCGACUCGAACGCCAAGGAUACAAAAGUGUUGUGAAAGUUUGUAAACAAUAUAACCUCAUAAUUUUAAAUUAACGGAAAUUUUUCUUGAGAGAAAAGUUAAAAAAAACAUUUGUCGCUAUGGAAGGGUCUAAUAAUGGCAGUAGUUUAAUGAACCAAUCGUCAAUAUGUCUGAAGAUGAGAGAAUUGAUUGAAGCUAUAAAUGAGUACACAAAGAACAGAACAGGAAGCAGUGCUCUGGUGAUUAACAAGUUCCUUCAGGCAUACAGUGUGACAAUAGAUGCCAGUGCUUUUGAUCCAGAAAAUGGACUGGGUGCUCAAUUUUACGUAAGCCUGCAUAAUCUUUUUAAUAGUCUAGAACCUGAUUCGGACAUGGCUUGGAAUUGUGUAGAUGUUUUGUGUAAUGCAUGCAGAAAUGCCUCAGCAAGACAAGCUCUUAUAGAAACGUACCAGUUUGUGCCGAUGUUAUCAAAACUUUUAAAUGAUCAACUAAGUACUUGUAAGAAGAAGAAAUUGUUAGUUCUUUUGCAGGAUUUAACAUGUGGAAUAAAGUUAUCUUGGCAAGUUUCUCAUUUGCCUCAUUUAUUGAAAAUACUUACCAAAUGGGUGGAAGACAAGAAUCAAGAUAUCACAUGUCUUUCUUUAAGCGUUUUAGUAAAUCUGUGUUUUAAGAAUUUACCUGUAGUGUACACUUUAUCAAGAAUUAUAGAUAUUAAGAAAUUUUUACGGUUUUGUCUACCUUUACAAGGACCAUUAGUAGAAAUUCAUGUAUGUAAAUUGAUGAUACUUCUAAAUCAUCUAAAUGACGACAUUCCAAAAAUUACUUUACUCCACCUAAUAUCACCAACUUUCAAUUCCAUACAAGAAUCAUUGACCAAAAAUGAUCCGGUAAUGCUAAGAUCUGUCAUUGAUUUUUUUAUUGACAUGAUCAGUUCUGAAAACAAAGAAGUGUUUAAGGAAUAUGGACAUUACAGCGAACAGUUAGAAGCCCUAGUAAAGUCCAUACAUUCAAGACAAGUUAUAUCAGAACUGGAAACAACACCCUUACCUCAGCAAGAUCCCGAAUGCGUGAUGCUGACCAUGAAAUUUAUUUACGCCCUGGAAUAUCACAAGCUGUCAGAUUUUUCAAAAUUGUAUUCAGCCAUAGUGAAAUUGGCUUUGGACUGGGUGAAUUGUGACAAAGUGUCUUUUCACGCUAAUAUGUUGUUGACUAUUGUUACACAAAAUUUGUGUGAAGGUACUGACCAUGAAGCAAUUUUGAAAUUACUGGGAUCCAAAUUGCCGGUGUUUUUAAGUAUGAUUCAAACUGAAUCUUUACCAGCUAACAUGGAUGCUUGUAAAAGAUUACGAUCACUUCUACAAUUAUUGCGGAUGAUGCUUAAGGCCAAUUCCAUAACAAGUGACGUAGUAAAAUCGAUAAACGAGAAUUUGUCAAUGAACAUUUUUGCUCCAAUCCUUGCUGAAGAUUUUAAUGGUAAACAUUUACCGCUUUUGAAAGCCAUCGAAGACAAAACGUCUUCGACGGAGUAUGUUGACACUUACGUAUAUGCAAUCGUAUUGGUUUAUGAACUGUCACAACAUAACGCAAAAUUGUUGGAGAGUCUGAGUGUAUUGAUGGAGAAUAGGAACAUUCAAAGUAUUCUUGCCAUAGCCCUUUAUGGAAGUAACAGUGAAAUUAAACAACUGGUCUUAGAAUUGACAAGAUCAUCAAGAUUUCCGAUUUCCAAGAUAGCAUCUGCAUUGGAAACUUCACAAACUAUGUUUUGUAAUAACAAGAACUCGGUGGCUAGUUGGACAUCAUCAUCAACAAUGUACAAUCCCGUAUAUCCUAUGUUAGGGUACGCUCAAAUGGAAAUGGUAGAUGAUACUUUGAAGAAUUUUAAGAAACUAAUUGAUGAACAAAACGUUUCUAACGUAUCAGUAAGUCAAGUCAUCGAACUAUACGAAUAUAAAGUAGCAUCAUUGGCAAAUUCAGAACUUUCGGCAUCAAAAAAUUUAGAAGCUGCAUCGGAAAGAUGCGUACAUUUGCAGCACAGAUUGGCACAAUUUUCCGAAGAGCACAACAAACUAGGACAAUUAAUACACCAUUAUGAUAAUAGACUGGAAAAAAGCGAAAAGGCUAUGAACGACUUGAAAAGUUAUUGUUUGGACGAGAAGAAAAAGGCUGACACAGAAAUAGAAAACUGGCAACGAUGUGUAAAAAACCACGAAACAAAAUUAAAGGAAAUCAAAGUAGAGCUUCUACAAAUGACAGAACAAAAAGAAAAUUUAGAAGUACAAAUAAAAAAAUUCCAAAGCGUUAUAGAAAAAUUAGAAGAGAACGGAAAUAGAGUAGAGAAGCAAUUACAAACUAGGGAGAAUCAAAUUAAUAAUGCGAAUUCCCAUAUAAACGGUCUUAAUGGGCAAAUUAAAGACUUACGGAAAACUCUAGAACAGAAAGAAGCCAAACUGACCGAAACAACUAAACAGUAUCUUGCUACGAAAGAGAUUCUUAGCACGAUUACAAAACUUUCGGGCGAAUAUAGAUCAUGAUAGCGUUCAACUGGUGCACCUUUGGAUUCUAAGGCUUUCAUAAAAUAUUUAUUCCCAUUGAUCUGAUCACGAAGCUAAGACACUAUUCCGAUGUUAUAUGUUUUAUAUUUGGUGCAUGUUUCCAGUAAAUAGAGAUAAGUUGAUUUUCUUGAGGGCUCUUUAAAUUUUAUAAUCUGAUUUUAUAAAUUUGGAGAAAUGUACAUAUUUACCUUUACUUUAUACACUAUAAUCAAUCUCUCUAGUUUGUUGCUUUUAAAUUUUAAUGAGUUUACUGAUUUGAGUAAAAUAAUUUUUAAUAUUUGACAUUCUCGAACAUGCAAUUCUGUGAUGAAUCUUAUACUGAAAUAAAAUUACUUUUUAGUCUA